AGGCCGACGAUCUCCUGCGAACGGGCACGACGAAGUCCGUGGGCAGCACCCGCAGCUCGCUCAGUCCCACGAGGCCCGCGAUCCGCGACAGCGUCGCCCCUGGCACCGAGAUGGGCUCGGACCCGCUGGAGGAUCGCCUGUGCCGGCAGAGCGACGAGGCGCUCGCCGCGCUCGACCGUGCCAGGCGGGCCCUUGAGCCUUCGGAAGCUCACGUCACGGACUUUGUCUUGCUGCGCUUCCUCAAGUGCAAUCAGCUGGACGAUCUGGACGUCUCCCUGCAGCAGCUCCGGCGCCGGCUGCAGUGGGAGAAGGAUCCAGGGAACCAAAAUCUGGAGGACCUGGUGGCAGGGGCCGAGCUCGAACUGGCGACGCUGGAGGAGAGCUACCCCCAGGGCUGGCACGGCGUGGACCGCUAUGGCAGGCCGGUGAAGAUCGAGAGGCUCGGGAAGGUCGACGCCCAGAGGCUCGCGUGCCCCGAGGUCCUGCCGCAGGCCAGGCGCAGGUUCCUGCUGGACUGCGAGAUGCUGCUGAGGGAGAAGUUCCCCGCCUGCUCUCUCGCAGCGGGCCACCUGGUCCACCGCUUCACCAACGUCAUCGACCUCCAAGGCCUCAGCUUCCACACGGCAUCGGAUCCGCAGUGCAGGGCGCUGAUCAAGCAGUUGCUGGUCACCUCCAAGCACUACUUCCCAGAGGUCAUGGGCAAGACCAUCAUAGUGAACGCCCCUCGCAUUUUUUCUAUAUCCUGGAGCGCGCUGAAGUCCAGCCUUGACCAGGCCGUGCUGGACAGGAUCGAGAUCGUCGGCCAGGACCCGAGGAUCAUGGGUCCGUGCCAAGCUCCUGCAGGUCAUCGAGCCCGACCAGCUGCCCCCGUUCCUCGGCGGCCAGUGCAGCUGCGCCCAGUGCGCCAAGGGCUGCCUCGGGUCCGCGAACGGCCCCUGGAGAGCGACCCCGCCAUACGCGCGGAGGUCAGGCGGACCUCGCACCACGAGCUGAUCGCGUCUUUCGCCGCAGACAGCACCGUGGCCGAACCCCACGCCGCCCCCGCGGCCCCGCCGGCGGGCGCCGCGGCCGAGGAGGACCGCACCUGGCGGCUUGCCGGCGCCCGGUGGCUGCGACGUGGUGCCGGCGGGCGAGCCCGCCAGCGCCCCGGUGGUGGGCCCCGCGGCCGGCGCCGCGGGCUCGCUGAACGCCGCCCUGGCGGCCGUGCAGGAGGCGCACCAAAGGACUCCGAGCCUGCAGGCCUGGGUGGUGGAGGCCAUCCGCCUCGAGCGGGAGCUGGGCCUGAAGACGAUCGAGCGCGCGGCGCCCUACUACGAGGUGCUGCACUUCCUCAAGACCGGCAAGGAGCUGCUGCAGAAGGCGGAGGAACGCUACCUGGAGCUGGACUCGGAGUUCGAGGACUCCUCGCUGGCCGUGCUCGCCGCGAAGAGCACGCUGUCGGCCCUGCUGGUGAGCGAGGACGAGGCAGCUCCGCCGCAUCCCCAGCUGCCCGCGGACGUCUACAGCAUCGCCUGCUCCAAGCUCACCCGCGCGGUCGAUCGUUCGGCGGAGCUGGAAAACCAGAGGGAGCUCGCCCGAGAGGAGUGCCAUCGGUGCUCGAAGGCCUUGGACAGGUCCAAGGCGCUGUAUGCCAAGCUGCACCACGACCACCGUCUCUGCAACUUUCGGUGCCCAAUCUCUUUGUGCAAGCCCUACUUCGAGGCCAAGCUGAAGUUCGAGACGCAGAUCAACGCAGAGGUCCAGAGGAUCGACGAGCUCAAGGCGCUGGUGGCGGAGGAGGCUGGACAACCCAGCGCGGUGGGCCGGGAAAACACCUCGAGCCUCUGCGAUUACGAGUUCGCAGUCGGGGACGCCUACGCUUCCAUCAUCGAAUCGGAGGACGUCGUGUCGGACGGGGGGCAGUCGCUGUACCUCGAGGGUUAUCCUUCCUUGCAUUUCCCCACGAAUUCGCCGGAAGGCGAGGACAGAUGCGGUGAUUGCCGCUCAGCUGCAGAGGCGGGUGCCUUUGAUCCGCCGUUGGGCCUUGUUUUGUGAUGUGACUGCUUAGGAACCCUUUGAUUCGCUUGUUUUCGCUGCACGUUAUCUAGAAGGGGUGCAAAAGGGGCAGGGGCGACUGUGAGAUUGGGCGCACAUGCCGCCUACAUCCUGUGCAAGCCGACCUUGCAUCUUUCGUCAAUCCAGUUCCUGCGGCCCAGGAGCGGCCCCCGAUUCACUAGCUCGGUCGCGCGCUUCAAAGGAGUCGUGCGCUCGAGGUCCCAGCCUUGAAAUCAGAUCCAGCUCGGCCCUCUUCCAGACUGGUGUUCUGCCAAAUGGGACUGUGCAGGAUGCCAGUUUGGAGUUUUUUUCCCCGGCGAGGAUUCAGCCACAUUGUGCUACCCCCUCAGAUCGGGGUCUUGCCAAAUACCAGGACUCGACCGUCCUAAUGGAUGUGCCGCGAUGAAUUGCGAGUCUCCGUGAUACGGGUAAGUUUUUCAUGACAGCGCAUUGGCACAUGUGGGAUGAAAUAUUCAGUUCGCCCCUUUGCUCACGCAGCAGCACGUGCAGCAGUUCGCACCCUCCUAUGGGCCAGUUCGUGGCCAGUCUAGAUUUAUUUCGAGCCGCAAUCCAAGUCCAAGUCCGAGGCAGAAGUGAGAAAGGCGCGCCAUUGUGCGCGCCGGCGCUGGCUUAGCCGCGCUGUAUGAUACGUUGUGUCAGGUGCUUUCGUUUUUUGUAGAAGCCAGUGAUGACUGCUGUAUGUGAUCUUGUUCCGGGCCGCGCGCAGAGCCGACCGCCGUUCCGUCAGCCUCGAAAGUUUGGACAUGCCAAGCUGGCCGCCUCCUCUGACCGCAUGCGCCAGCCGCUUCUUGCGAGGGGUCCCUCUCGAUCUUGCGGCCUGACCUGAGGGGAUGAAUCGGCGGCGCGCUUCAGGGGGGAACUGAGAGGGGG